AGAAGGUAUCGGCAGCAGUAUAAUGAAUAGUAAUAUCAAUAAUAACAGAAAUCCGGAGCCGUCAUCUAUAUUUAUAUCAAAGAUGGACGUGAUCAUCCCGUUCUCACCAGACGUGCCCUGUGAUAGUGGCCAGCGCAUGUGGUGGGCAUUCCUGGCCUCGUCCAUGGUCACUUUCUUCGGGGGUCUUUUUAUUAUUCUUCUCUGGAGAACUCUCAAAUACCUGUGGACUGUGUGCUGCCACUGCAACAUCAAAAGCAAGGAGGCACAGAAGGUGCACAACCCUGGAAAUAAUCAGACAGAUGGGACGGCCAAGAGCUCGGAUGAGAAGCCCCCCGAGGCGCCGGCCAGCGAAGUGGGCUGGAUGACUUCGGUCAAAGACUGGGCAGGGGUCAUGAUAUCGGCGCAGACGCUGACAGGCCGGGUCCUGGUUGUGCUAGUCUUUGCACUCAGCAUCGGAGCACUUGUAAUAUACUUCAUAGAUUCUUCUGACCCCAUUGAAUCCUGUCAGAAUUUCUACGAAGAUUUCACAUUACAGAUCGACAUGGCUUUCAACAUAUUCUUCUUAUUGUACUUUGGUCUGCGUUUCAUAGCAGCCAAUGAUAAGCUGUGGUUCUGGUUGGAAGUAAACUCCGUAGUGGACUUCUUCACGGUCCCCCCGGUGUUUGUGUCUGUGUAUUUAAACAGAAGCUGGCUUGGUUUAAGGUUUUUAAGAGCCUUAAGACUGAUACAGUUCUCAGAAAUUUUACAGUUUUUGAAUAUCUUAAAAACAAGCAACUCCAUCAAGCUGGUGAAUCUGUGCUCCAUCUUUAUCAGCACAUGGCUGACUGCAGCCGGCUUCAUUCAUUUGGUGGAAAACUCAGGGGACCCUUGGGAAAACUUCCAAAAUUCCCAAGCACUAUCCUACUGGGAAUGUGUCUACUUGCUCAUGGUUACUAUGUCCACUGUGGGAUAUGGAGACGUUUAUGCAAAAACCACUCUUGGGCGCCUUUUCAUGGUCUUCUUCAUCCUCGGUGGUUUGGCCAUGUUUGCCAGCUACGUCCCUGAAAUCAUAGAGUUAAUAGGAAACCGCAAGAAAUAUGGUGGUUCCUAUAGCGCGGUUAAUGGAAGAAAGCACAUUGUGGUCUGUGGUCAUAUAACACUUGAAAGUGUAUCCAACUUCCUGAAAGACUUCCUACACAAGGACAGGGAUGAUGUCAAUGUAGAAAUUGUUUUUCUCCAUAAUAUUUCCCCUAAUCUUGAGCUGGAAGCCUUAUUCAAGCGGCACUUCACUCAGGUGGAAUUUUACCAAGGAUCUGUUCUCAAUCCACACGAUCUGGCCAGAGUGAAGAUAGAGUCAGCAGACGCCUGCCUGAUCCUCGCCAAUAAAUACUGUGCAGACCCUGAUGCAGAGGACGCCUCCAACAUCAUGAGAGUAAUCUCCAUCAAGAAUUACCAUCCAAAGAUACGAAUCAUCACACAGAUGUUACAGUACCAUAACAAGGCCCAUCUGUUAAACAUUCCGAGCUGGAACUGGAAGGAGGGAGAUGAUGCCAUUUGCCUCGCAGAGCUGAAGCUGGGCUUCAUCGCCCAGAGCUGCCUGGCCCAAGGCCUCUCCACCAUGCUGGCCAACCUCUUCUCCAUGAGGUCCUACAUCAAGAUUGAAGAGGACACUUGGCAGAAGUAUUAUCUGGAAGGAGUGGCCAAUGAAAUGUACACAGAGUAUCUGUCCAGUGCCUUUGUGGGCCUUUCAUUUCCAAUGGUUUGUGAGCUGUGCUAUGUGAAGCUGAAGCUCCUGCUGAUUGCCAUUGAGUACAAGUCAGACCAAAGGGAAAGCAGCACCCUGAUCAACCCGGGAAACCAUGUCAAGAUGCAAGAAGGAACUCUGGGAUUCUUUAUCGCCAGUGACGCUAAAGAAGUAAAGAGGGCAUUUUUUUACUGCAAAGCGUGUCACGAUGACAUCACAGACCCCAAACGGAUUAAAAAAUGUGGCUGCAAGAGACCCAAGAUGUCCAUCUACAAACGAAUGCAACUGGCAUGUUGUUUUGAUUGCGGGCGCUCUGAGCGCGACUGCUCGUGCAUGUCUGGCAGUGUGCAUAGUAACGUGGACCCCCAUCGGCGAGCCUACCCGCUCUCCUCUGUCUCUGUAAAUGACCGCUCCACCAGUUUACGUGCCUUCGAAGAGGAGCAUCCAUCAACGCUCUCGCCCAAAAAGAAACAGCGUAACGGAGGCAUGAGAAAUUCACCCAACUGCUCGCCCAAAAUGAUGAGGCACGACCCCUUGCUCAUUCCUGGAAACGAGCAAAUUGAAAACAUGGACGUUAACGUGAAGAAAUAUGACUCCACAGGGAUGUUCCACUGGUGUCCGUCCAAAGACAUUGAGAAGGUUAUCUUGACUCGUAGUGAGGCUGCCAUGACGGUUCUGAGCGGUCAUGUGGUGGUCUGUAUAUUCGGGGAUGUCAAGUCGGCGCUGGUGGGGUUGCGAAACUUGGUAAUGCCUUUGAGAGCGAGCAACUUCCACUACCAUGAACUGAAGCCUAUCGUGUUCGUGGGCUCUCUGGAAUACCUGAAGCGGGAAUGGGAAACACUUCACAACUUCCCUAAGGUUUCCAUCUUACCUGGUACGCCAUUAAGCCGGGCUGAUUUGAGGGCUGUCAACAUCAACCUCUGCGACAUGUGCGUUAUCCUGUCAGCCAAUCAGAACAAUAUCGACGAUGCCUCUCUCCAGGACAAGGAAUGCAUCUUGGCAUCACUCAACAUCAAAUCUAUGCAGUUUGAUGACAGCAUUGGGGUCUUGCAGGCUAAUUCCCAAGGUUUCACGCCUCCUGGGAUGGACAGGUCUUCCCCCGACAACAGCCCGGUUCAUGGACUGGUCCGACAGGCCUCCAUCACAACCGGAGCAAACAUCCCCAUCAUAACUGAGCUAGUGAACGACUCCAACGUUCAGUUCCUGGACCAAGACGACGACGACGACCCGGACACGGAGCUGUACCUCACUCAGCCGUUCGCCUGCGGGACUGCGUUUGCUGUCAGUGUGCUGGACUCCUUAAUGAGUGCGACGUACUUCAAUGAUAAUAUCCUCACUCUGAUCCGGACGCUGGUAACCGGGGGUGCUACGCCGGAGCUGGAGGGGCUCUUGGCUGAGGAGAACGCGUUGAGAGGGGGCUACAGCACCCCGCAGACCCUGGCGAACAGGGACAGGUGUCGCGUCGCGCAGCUAGCGCUGUACGACGGGCCCUUCGCAGACUUGGGGGAUGGUGGCUGCUAUGGUGACCUGUUUUGUAAAGCAUUAAAAACGUAUAACAUGCUGUGCUUUGGAAUUUACCGGCUACGAGAUGCACAUCUAAGUGGCCCAAGCCAAUGCACAAAACGGUAUGUUAUAACGAAUCCGCCGUACGAAUUCGAGCUGGUGCCCACGGACCUGAUCUUCUGCCUGAUGCAGUUCGACCACAACGCCGGCCAGUCUCGCACCAGUCUCUCCCACUCCUCCCACUCCUCCCAUUCCUCCAGCAAAAAGAGCUCCUCUGUCCACUCCAUCCCCACCGCCAACCGGCAGAACCGCAGCAAGGCGCGGGAGUCCAGGGAAAAACAGAAGUACGUGCCCCUGUAGAGACGCUCCGCCCCCUUCCGUGUGUGUGCGUGUGCGUGAGCGAGUGUGUGAGACGCCGUCUGCAACUACCGCGUUCACGUACGAGGGACUCCUGUGCCUGCCUUUGUGGUGAUUCCUGUGUGGGCCUUGGCCGUUUGCAUGUGACCCUCACUCUCAUCUUCAUCAUUCUCAUCGACGUCAUCAUCAUCAUCAUCGUUGCCAGUGGUCUCAGCGCUUCCUCACAACGGCUGUGUGUUCAGCAUUAAUGUGACUGCAUUAAUUACUGGUAGAUAUUACCGAUAAUGAUAGGACAACGGACAGAUGUGUUAUAAUGCUGGAAGACUUGAAGAAACCACGCAUUUAUGUUCUGUUAUUGUAAUUGUUAAUUCAAUUAUAUUCAUCAAGCAUACACAUUCAAUAGCACUUCUAAGAAGGCUGCACUGCACAGUGUUUUGUUCAUUCGAACUCAAAGUACCUUUCAAAUGAUCACAUUGAUAAUAUAUCUAGCACUGCUCUUUAAUUGAAUCACAUAUAUUUGUUGUUAUUAUCUGUUGGUCUGAUAUACAUGUUUAUCAAGUUCGUACAACACUGUGAUUUUUGUGCUUACUAUCCAAUAUAUGCUUAGAUUUGUGAAAUAUUGAAGGUUUUAGCUGAAAAAUAACACUUGGUUGAUAAUAUAAUAAAAAAUUAAGAUGCCUUUUAUUUACUACAGUACUACAGUAUACAGCUACAGUAUAUAUUACAGUCUGAUACUAUCUGACAGACUUACUGUAACAAGCCAGUGGAGAAAUGACUAAUAUGCUGUUUAUGAGUUGCAUUUGGUACAUGACUGUUGGAAUUUAAAUCUUACUUUUCAACUUUUGUGCAACAAAUUUUUCACAUAAUAUAUGAUUUUAAAAUGUUGAACUGCUGAAACUGCAAAUACCUGGCUCAGAUUAUGGCACUGUCCCAGUUAUUGUUUGUCUUGUUAAAUAAUUAGUUAUUAUCCAUAUGUUUUCUUAAUAUUAACAAUACAAGCCCACUGAGUUUGACAACACAAGCCCGUCUCAACUAAUGAACUCACAGAGAUAGAUAAUUCUCAAAUGAAAAGGAAGUCUAAAGGGUAACGUUCGGCCAAAGACGGGCCUUCCCACAUACAGUAAGGGAGUGACAAGGCCCAGAGCUACUGUUGAUCUAUGUGCUAUUGAGAUUCCUGACACAUCCAGUAACAUCUACGAUGGGUAAGGUAUGAUUUUAGAAGAACACCAGUGACUUACUGUCAGUCUCCUGAUUUAUCUUCAAUAAAUUGUCAAGCCUGUCUGAAUCGGGGGGGGAGAGUUGGGAGGGGGAAGAAUUAGUCAGUGUCACCGCGUGGUGAGGGUGACAUAAAUGACUGUGACUACGGCCCAUCACAAACAGGAUGCAUUUCACCCUGCCAGUGAAUGUACAGGCAUGAUGUUACAGAUGAUUGUAAUCCCACAAAUGCAGUGAUAUCACUACUUUUACUGUUUGUGGCGGAGCGUGGAAGGUCUCUUUUGUUGCCAAUGUCUCAAACCAAAAAGAAGUGUGUUAGCAUUCACAAAUCAUGGAGUGUAAAAAGUGUGACCACAAUUCAGGAACACAGCCGUCCUCCUCUGCAAGCAUGCACCCAUAAUACACAAAUACAUUUUUAUUUUAUUUGAGUGUGUGAUCUUUGAAAAUACUGAAAUUGUUAAAUCUUUUGGACCAAUGCUUGAAUUUGUACUCAUGAAACACUGUACAGGAUAAUUAUAAAAUUAGAAACUAUGUAAAAAGCAUGCACUGAACAAAUAUGGAAUAUUAUUAUUUUUUUGUCUAUAUCAUCCUGCCUUCAAAAUGAUUUCAGUAUUAAAGGCUUGCUAAUAUAUGCAAUUUGCUAAUAUAAUAUAUCUCAAAUGAAAAUUGCAUGUAAUCUGGGAACAAUGUGCAAUGCUAUGAAAGUGAAAGUGGAAAGAAAGUGAUAUAAAACUCAAAUAAAAUAUACUCAUAUCACACAAA